UCGAAGUGGUAGGAACUGUUGACAGUGAUGUUAGAUUCGGUAUUUUGGUGCUUGGGACAGUUCAGAAAAUAUCGGUGAUAAUGAGCUUGGACACCCUGGACACCAAGUCGGGCAGUCCUUAUUCCCAUCGGAAGCACUGGCGCCGGGUGCAACAGCAGUUUCUCGAACAGCAACAAUGCCGCAUGCCACGACCGGUUAGCAUCGUAAACUACAACCGACAGGAAUCGUUGGAUAUGUUUAACGUUCCAGGCAGUCCGUAUCACAUCCGAAAGCCGAUGCCAGCGUAUGAGAAAAGUCGAUUAUGGGUAGAGCAGCAACAGCAGCAUCAACAACAUCAACAGCACCGACAUGACGAUAACGAUAACGACUGGCACAGCAGUCAAGAGUCUGAGCUUGAUUUGCACCACGACGACGACGAUGAUGACGAUAAAGGCCAUGCACGAACCUACCGGCAUCACCGCUCCUCCAAUCAUCGUCGUGAUAUUUUUAGGGGGAGCCCUACAAACGAAGAUUACGAAGAUCGGUCCAAUUCGCAGCAGCAGCAGCAGUCCGGGUUUCCGGUUAUUCUUCAAAGUGUUCGUAGCAUGAGGCACAUGCGACAGCGAUUGAGGCGCGAUCCGGAGCACCAGGGAACACGUGCCAUCCGAUCGUCGCGUGUCAUCAAUAAGAAGGGCGAGCGGAAUGUGCUGUUCUUGCAUCUGCCACAGAAGUCGGUUCGGUUCGUGAAGGAUCUCGUCACCACUUUGGUUGAAGAACAAUGGCGCUACACGCUUACUUCUUUCGUGUUGAGUUUCACCUGCAGUUGGCUCCUGUUUGCCAUACUUUGGUACUUGGUGGCUUACGCUCAUGGAGAUCUUAACUUUGAUCCCGACACCGGGGAACGCCUCGGCGAUGGGGCGUUGCCUUGUGUGGAAGGCGCCACCACAUUCGCUGGAUUCCUGCUGUUCAGCAUCGAAACCCAAGUGUCCACCGGAUACGGUGCCAAAGUACCCACCGAGGAAUGUCCCGAGGCGUUGUUUCUGCUGACAGUGCAAAUCGUGUUUGGUUUAGUCAUUGAUGCCGCUAUGGUGGGGAUCGUCUACGCCAAGAUGGUACGACCACCAAAGAAAAUCUCAGAAAUGAAGUUCAGCAAGAAGGCUGUCAUAUGCCAACGGGAUGGAAAGCUGUGCUUCGUUUUCCGGCUUUGUGACGUAAAGCAGCAGCACGGUAUCGAAACUAAAGUGACCGCUGUAUUCUUGGAGCAACGUCGCUCUUUAGAAGGGGAGGUAAUCGAGAAGAACGAAUCGUACAUGAAGCUGGAAAACAACGGUCGCAUACUGCUAAUGUGGCCUGUAACUGUUUGCCAUGUGAUAGACAACGAGAGUCCACUAUUCGACAUCUCGGCAAGAGAUCUUCUAGUAAAAAAGUUUGAAAUUGUCAUAACACUAACCGGUGGCACGAUGACAACUGGACAAGUGACGGAAGCAAGGACGUCCUAUCUACCCGGGGAGAUCUUCUGGGGCCAUAGGUUCCAUAAUAUUAUUAUGUACGAUCGGGCUCACGAGCAUUACGUGGCACACAAUGAACAUAUGGAUGUUAUCGAACCGGUGGAUACGCCUCUUUGCAGCGCUCGACGAAUGGAAGAGGUUCUUCAGGAAGUUGAACAGUUUAUGGAGCACGAUAGGCAGCGAGAGUUCGACGACUUAGAACAAGAUGCGCAACAAAAUGAGGACAGUGAUUCAGAUGAAGGUCUUCAAAUGGAACAAUUAAAAUCUACUAGCACUUCUCCCAAAGAAGAAACCAACUCGAAUCAACCAAUAAGUGUAGAACCUGUUCCUACAACAAGUUAAAUAUAAUUAAAUCACUCUUUAAAAAAAAACAAGGAUAUUAGAUUACUGCA